AAUCGUGCUUCUUUCAACUAAGACUUUUCCAGGGUCGCGCUUCAAUAUUCCGAGUCCAUUUGGCUCCUUUGAAAACAUCUUUGGAUAAGUUCAAAUUAUCACGGAAGCUUGCUGCACAUACCCCUGGAUUUUCGGGUGCUGACAUUUCUAAUGUUUGCAACGAAGCAGCAUUGAUAGCUGCUAGAGAUGCAUCUGAGGAGAUCACACAGAAGAACUUUGAACAAGCCAUUGAAAGGGUAGUGGCUGGAAUGGAAAAGAAAAGCCAGGUAUUGCAACCGGAAGAGAAGAAAACCGUUGCUUACCAUGAGGCUGGCCAUGCUGUUGCAGGAUGGUUCCUUGAAUAUGCCGAUCCAUUGCUCAAAGUUUCUAUUAUACCUCGCGGCAAAGGUCUUGGAUACGCGCAAUACCUCCCCAAGGAACAAUAUUUGUAUUCAAAAGAGCAACUUUCUGAUAGGAUGUGUAUGACAUUAGGUGGUCGGGUAUCCGAAGAGAUUUUCUUUGGUCGUAUCACCACAGGAGCACAGGAUGACCUUCAGAAAGUUACUCAGAUGGCUUAUGCUCAGGUAUGUCAUCUAUCUUAUCAAUUUUUUGGAAUCGAACCUCCAUACUUUGAAGUUUCUGUGUUGCCAAGUCAUGUGGCUAUAAAGCGUGGCUUCAAAUUUUUGUACUAUACGAUUUGGUUUUUUCUUUAUUUUUGUCUCUCUCGUUCUUGGGUAUAUUAAUG